AUGGCAACCAAGGACGCGACGCUUCCCCAGUUCGAGGCCACGGCCCUGGACCUCAUUCCCAAGGUCGCCAGCGCCGCGCGAGGUACCUUCCGCACGCACAAGACCAAGAAGGUCCAAUGGCGCAUCGUGCAGCUGCGCAAGCUCUACUGGGCCAUCGAAGAUUUCAGGCCUAGGCUUAUCGCUGCCCUGAUGCAUGAUCUGCACAAAUCCGUAUUCGAGGCCGUCCUCACCGAGAUCGACUGGCUCCUCAAGGACUGCAUGUUCAUGAUCAAGCACCUGAACGAUUUCACCAAAGACGAAAAGCUUGGCUCUCCCGCCGUCCCCAUCACCUACUCCAUGAUGAACUUCCGCACCCGCAAGGAGCCGCUAGGCGCCGUCCUCAUCAUCGGGCCUUACAACUAUCCCCUCCAGCUCCUGUUGGCCCCUCUGAUCGGGGCCAUUGGUGCCGGCUGUACCGCCGUGCUCAAGCCCUCCGAGCUGACCACGGCCUGCGCCAUGGUUGUAAAGGAGAUGGUUGAGACUCGCCUGGAUCGCAGCGCCUUCGCCGUCGUCAACGGUGCUAUCCCCGAGACCAACGCUCUUCUGGCCGAGAAGUGGGACAAGAUCUUCUUCACCGGCAGUGAUGUUGUCGGCAAGAUUGUCGCCAAGAAGGCGGCCGAGACCCUCACUCCCGUCUGCCUUGAGCUCGGCGGAAAGAACCCGGCCUUCGUCACCAAAAACGCCAACCUGGCGCUGGCCGCCCGGCGGCUGCUAUGGGGCAAGACCCACAACUCGGGCCAGGUCUGCAUGUCGCAGAACUACGUGUUGAUCGACAAGCAGGUCGUUCCGGCAUUUACUAAGUUUCUCAAGGUCGCCUAUAAGGACAUGUUCCCAGACGGCGCAAAGGCGAGUCCUGACCUUGGGCGCAUUGUCAACGCCCGUCACUUCCACCGCAUCAAGAAGAUGCUCGACGAUACCAAAGGCAAGAUCGUUAUGGGCGGCGAGGUGGACGAGGCUGAGCUUUACAUCGAGCCUACUGCUGUUCUGGUCAACUCGACCGACGAUUCUAUGAUCAAGGAAGAAUCGUUUGGUCCCAUCUUCGCCCUCUAUCCCGUAAACUCGCUCGACGAGGCUCUCAAUGUUGCUGCCUCCGUCCACCGGACGCCGCUGUCGCUGUAUACGUUUGGGUCCAAGUCCGAGAAUGAGAGAGUCCUUAAUGAAAUGACGUCGGGCGGCGCCACGCUCAACGACUCCUUCUUUCACGGCUCCGUCAAUACUGUGCCAUUCGGUGGCGUUGGCGACAGCGGCUGGGGCUCUUAUCGUGGCAAGGCCAGCUUCGACUGCUUCACGCACUUCCGCACCAUUGCCGAGACGCCCUCGUGGGCCGAUAAGAUCCUCCGCGUCCGUUACAUGCCCUACGACAUGAGCAAGAUGCGUCUUCUUGCCCGCCUGACGGCCCCCAAGCCCAACUUUGACCGCAGCGGUUCAAUCGUCCGCGGCUUCAGCUACUGGGUAAAGCUCAUCUUUGGGCUCGGUGCCAGCAGCGCCAAAGGUGCGUUGUUCAGGUGGCUGCUUUUGCUGGCAGUCAACUACGUGUUGAAAGCCUCUCUCGCUGCGAGAUAA